CGUUAGUAAUCCUGCUCAUGCAAGAGCAUUUGAUUAGUCUUGUCUAUUCGUGUAGGAAGCGCCGGUGUGGUUACACGUGGGGGUGUCAAGCGAAGUCUUUAGUUGUUCGUUGAGUUAUUGCCUUUUGGUAGUAGCUGUACGCAAACAGACUUUCAUCGUAAUACAACGGUCUGGCUAGUUAGCCAGCUAGAUUCCUGUUGUCACCUCUUGUAAUGGCAGAUAACGGAGACGACAAAGAUGCUGCGUACAGAAUCUGUGAUGGUGAUUACGUUGUGUUGAAGCGAGGUGAUAUUUACAAAGCUGCACAGAUUCAGGCGAAAAGAAAAGUCGUCUUUGAAAAGCAAUGGUUCUUUCUCGACAAAUCCGUGGGAGAAUUGUACGGGACGACGUUCGAAAUCCAGGCAGGGGGAGCACUGAAACCUCACGCGGCGAAGCAGGUCGUCGGCGUUGCAGACAAAGACGGAAAAGAGGUAGGAACGGACAACAGGAAUAUUUCGGAUGAUGGCAAAUCUCAAAAACUCACCAGGGAUGACAUUGAGACGUUAAAAGAGCAGGGCUUGAAAGGCCAGGAAAUUGUACAGCAGCUGAUUGACAACAGCGCAACGUUUAAGAACAAGACAGCGUUUGCCCAAGAGAAGUACAUCAAGAAGAAAAAGAAGAAGUAUGACAACAGUGUCACUGUGCUGAAGCCUUCAACACGGAUACUGGCUAUGAUGUACCACGGCAGAGAACCAGGCAAAAUAUGUCACCUGCGCUAUGACACGCUGGCCCAGAUGCUGACCCUGGGAAACAUCCACGCUGGCAGUAAGAUCCUGGUGUUUGAGACCUGCGCUGGCCUGGUGCUGGGUGCCGUCAUGGAGAGGAUGGGAGGCUAUGGCUCGUUGAUCCAGUUCUACCCCGGCGGUGGCCCCACACGGGCGGGCAUGGAGAGCUUCGGCUUCCCCCCGCACUUCCACCAGACGCUGCACGAGUUCCCCCUCUGCAAGGUUAACGCCUUGCUGGCCGGCAACCUGGAGGCUGAGGGGAGCCCUGACGCUGCGGUGGAUCCCCAGGAGCAGGCCCCCGAUGGGGCAGAGGGAGAUGGUGAGGCCUCCAAGGAGACCCAAGAGAUGGAGGUCAGAGAGGGAGACGCAGAGGAUGACGACUCCAAGGAGAAGGAGAGACAGGAGAGGCGCAGAGAGAAGAAGGUUCAGGAGACGAAGGUGAAGAAUGAGGAGAGGAGGAAGAAACUGGUUGCCACUGCAGCACUACUGGAGGGGGGGAACGCAGACGGUCUGGUGAUUGCGAGCCGCUUCGACCCCUGCUCAGUGCUGCUGUGUCUGAAGAGGUUCCUGGCCCCUUCCAGGCCAUUUGUCGUCUAUUGCCAAUACAGAGAGCCUCUGAUUGAGUGUUACAAUAAGCUAAGAGAACAGGGUGGAGCAAUCAGCAUGCGUUUGACGGACAGCUGGCUCAGGCACUACCAGGUGUUGCCCAACCGGACACACCCGGUCCUCCUCAUGAGUGGGGGAGGGGGCUAUGUUCUCACAGGGACCACUGUUGCUACGGAGACAGCCAAAGCCACGCAGGCGAAGGAGGAGGAGCCGGCCUCCAAGAGGAUCCGCCUGGAGGAAGUGGACAGCGUGAGCAGCAGCAACCCCGCCUAGCGCCGCAAUCUCAUUGGACAGAUGUUCUCAAGCAGUCGCAGACUAAGAACCGGACUUCCAGUCUGGUGGUACCCUUCCUACGAAAGGAACGGGACCUGGAUGGGACGCACCACUUCUGUUUAUUUUAAUGCCACAGGCCUUGUCUGCGAAGAGCGCUUUUAUUUUGUUUUCUUAUCUCGUCUCCCACAGUGUACUGCGGCAUGUGGAUUGAGGACUAUUUAUGUUUGUUAGACAGGAAGUGCCCUGCUGAAGCUGAACUACUUGCUUGUUUGGGUUCACCCACUGGGUGCACUGCCUGCUUGUACAGGACUUUGAAUAAAACAGAUUAUAAAAACAAAAAA